AUGCGAUGCGCGAGCAAGGCCGUUGAGAGCGCGUCCGGGCACGUCUCUGUGCGGACGCCGAAGCAGAAGCCACAGCAACUGAUGUCUCCAUCGGCUGCUGAAGCGACCCAGCCUUAUGAGCUCGGUGUCUCGUACUCUUCUGAUACGGAAGACGGAUCCGUAUCGACGGCGAUCCGAACGAAGCCGCCUGUCAAGCGUGGCAUGGAUGAUGCCGCUUUGCGUCGUCUAUUAUUUGGUUCAUCUGAUGAAUCAGAUGAACCAUCGCCGAAGCGAAGGCGCUCGAGGACGCGAGACUCGGGCGCUAACAGUGGUGUCGGUUCUCCUAUGGACACUGCUUCGCAACGAGGUGCCAGUACUUUUGUCGGCACAUCGCAGGAAGAGCGGGAUCGCAAUUUCUUGGGUCUCGCUCCCGAGAAGAAGGCAUGGAUGCCUCCAAAAUCUGUCAUGGAUCACUUGUCGGCGACGACGAGUGAUCGUUAUCGAACACGAUUGUUCGAUUCGUCAAGGAUCCAUCGAUUUGACCCCAGCGCGAAGAACUAUCGCGCUGAGAAUGAAUUCUUCAUCGAUGCUUUAUUUUAG